UAGGGACCACAUACGAUGAUUGUAUGUCUAUCAGCUCUCACAUCAAUAGCUCAACACUUUCUUCUCAAUUUCUUUGUAAACUUCGCCAAAUUUCCCAAAAAUGAAAAAUAAAUCAACAAAAACUAGAAAAAUGUGCUUGUAAUCUCUCUCUCUUUACCCACCAAAUUUCACAUCUUUAUUGGUGGGUCAUUUCAAUAAUACAAUCUUCAUAUCUUUAUUAUUGGUGGGUCAAUUUAAUAAUAACCAAUUUUCAUUUUUGCCAUGUUUAUAUAUAAUGGGUAUUCAUUAAUUAUACAAGUACAUAAUUAUCACAUUUAUAUUAAGAAUAAGAGAGAGAAUUUAGAGAAUUAGAGAGAUGGAGAAGGCGAUUAACAGGCAGAAAGUGCUUCUACAACACCUUAAUCCCAUUUCUCCAAAACCCCAUGAUUCUACUAUUUCGCCUUUGGUUUGCUCUUCUGGAGAUGGAGGGAUGUUUCCAGUAAAUGCUGCUUUCGGAGAUGAUAUAGUAAUUGUUGCUGCUUGUCGAACUGCAAUCUGUAAAGCAAAACGUGGUGGUUUCAAGGACACACCUGCAGAUGAUCUACUCGCUCCUGUUCUAAAGGGAUUGAUAGAGAAGACAAGAGUAAACCCAGGUGAGGUAGGGGACAUUGUGGUGGGUACAGUUUUGGCCCCAGGUUCUGAAAGAGCUAUAGAAUGCCGGAUGGCAGCAUUCUAUGCCGGUUUUCCAGACACAGUGCCCAUCAGAACUGUGAACAGGCAAUGUUCGUCUGGUCUUCAAGCAGUUGCUGACGUUGCUGCCUGCAUAAAGGCAGGAUAUUAUGACAUAGGAAUAGGAGCUGGAGUGGAGUCAAUGACAAUUGAUCGUGUCGAUAGGCCUCGUCAUAUCAACCCAAAAGUAGAAAUAUUUAUGCAAGCAAGAGAUUGCCUUCUCCCUAUGGGUAUAACCUCAGAGAAUGUUGCACAAAGUUAUGGUGUGACGCGGCAAGAUCAAGAUCAGGCAGCUGUGGAAUCUCAUAGACGAGCUGCAGCAGCCACUGCAUCUGGAAAAUUCAAAGAAGAGAUUGUACCAGUUUCAACCAAGAUUGUGGAUCCAAAAACUAGAGAAGAAAAACAUGUAACUAUAUCUCUUGAUGAUGGAAUUCGGGCAAGCUCUAACAUGGUAGAUUUGGCAAAGCUGAAGCCUGCUUUUAAAAAGGAUGGCACCUCAACAGCUGGUAAUUCUAGCCAGGUGAGUGAUGGGGCUGGAGCAGUCCUCCUCAUGAAGAAGAGUCUAGCAAUGAAAAAAGGGCUUCCAAUUCUUGGUGUAUUUAGGAGCUUUGCUGCUGUUGGUGUGGAUCCUGCUGUUAUGGGGAUUGGCCCAGCUUUUGCCAUUCCUGCUGCUGUGAAAUCUGCCGGGCUAAAGCUUAACGAUAUCAAUCUAUUUGAGAUAAAUGAGGCCUUUGCAUCACAGUAUGUUUACUGUUGUAAAAAGCUGAACCUCGAUCCAGCUAAAGUUAAUGUUAAUGGAGGAGCAAUAGCCCUUGGACAUCCCUUGGGAGCUACAGGUGCUCGGUGUGUAGCUACUUUACUUAAUGAGAUGAAACGCCGAGGAAGGGAUUGCCGUUUUGGAGUCAUUUCCAUGUGCAUAGGUAGUGGCAUGGGUGCUGCAGCUGUUUUUGAAAGAGGUGAUCAUGUCGACGAAUUAACUAACACCCGUGUUAAUUACUAAAUGUUUUAGUACGUAGCAUAAGGCCUUUAUUUCUUACUCUGCCUUCCUUUAAAAGUUAUGAACAAUCUGCCUAUUUCAGAGUAAUAGAACUCAGCUGAUUUUAUUUUAUUUUAUUUUAUUUUAUUUUUUUACAUAAUAUUACUCAGAUGAGUAUAUUUGUUAAAUAAAGCUUAGUCCAAGUUUUUUCAAAUAUGUUAGAAAUCUUGGCAUCUGCCUCUACUGGACUGGCAUCUAUACAGCAAAAACAUCAUCAAUCCUGUAGGCUGUAUUAGAGGAGUUGAUAUCAACAAAA